AUGAACGGUGGAGUUGGUGGUGCCUACGGUUCUGGAAAAGCCGGAUCGGGAACAGAUCCUAUAUCUCUUUUAUUAAAACCACAUGUGAUUUUAAGACUUUUGUGCUGGGUUUUUUCUAUAGUUGUGUUUGGAUGCAUAGGGUCAGAAGGAUGGUUGAAAGACAAAUGCCUGUACAACAACGAUACAAAUGCUUGCAAUUUUGGAACAGGAAUAGGCGUAAUAGCCUUUUUAGGAAGUUUGGGUCUUCUACUGACAGAUAUAAUGUUCAACAAUAUUUCCAGUAUCAAGGUUCGUAGGCGAGUGGUUAUUGCCGACAUGGCUUUUUCAGCCGGUAUGAGUUUCAUGUGGUUUGUGACAUUUUGUUACUUGAGUGAUUCUUGGAGAAAAGCCCCUUAUCCUAAAGAUGGAUAUGGUGUAAACAACUUGAGGGGUGCUAUUGCCUUCAGUUUCUUUUCAAUUUUUGUUUGGGCCGGUUGCAUUUUCUUUGCAUACCAACGCUAUCGUCAGGGUGCAGACACUGCAUUCAUGACCAGUGGUUUCGAGGGUGAGGCAGGCAUGCCAGGGGGCGCCCCUUACACAAGUUACCCCGAUGGACCCGAAAUGAACGAGGGUUAUCAGGAGCCACCCUUCUCGAGCCAAAAGGACAUGGCGCCAGGUGGACCCGGGUUCCAACAGCAGGCUUAUUAAUGUGAAAUUCCACUGCUAAUACAUAUAAUCUACUUGUUGAGUCAUUUUUGUAGGUGAAAAGAAGGAUUAGAGAGCUCCACAUGUUUAUGUACAGUGAUUGUGCAUUGUUAUAUUACUACUGUACUCCUUGGGCCGGCGACAAAAGUUUUUCGAUCCUUUUUGACAAGUUGUGUGGUAUUAGCAUGCUGGGUUGCCCAACGAUUUAGAAAAUGGAGUUAUUCCUGUCAUAUAAAGUGUUUGGCAGUUGUGUCCACUUGCACAAAGCUGGCAAUGGAGCUUUCCCUUCCCUCCCACUUUUAUCUUUUACUGUUUACACAUAUUCAUUCCAUGAGGUAUGGUUGUAUUUUGGAAGCACAUUUGUUGCAAGAAACUGUUUGUUUUGGUUUGAAUUCUUAUUACAUUGAUCAAAGCAGUUUCCUUCCUGAAUAAUUUAUACUUUUAAAAAUAAAUUGAGCAUUGUAUAACAUUCAAAUGAGUUUCAAUUUUGAA